AUUACUUUCAGUAGCGUUGUGGUUGCCAAAAAUAAGGAACAAAGUAAACUUUCUCUAAUGAAACGCUCCAAUCAAUACGUAGAAAGUUAUGUGAUUUAUCUAUUAUCGAAUACGUGUCUACUCAAUAUUAUUAACAAACACGAUUUUAUCGAAUAUUGUAUCUUAUCGUUUAACAUUACACAACAUGUUGCGCUACUAUCUUUUGGAUUUUUACGCACGCUACAGAUUACAGAUCAACUUCUACCGAUCAUUACAGGCCCAAAACCUAUUGUUGAGUGAACGUAUGAAAUUCUCACUGUAAGUUUAUUCGCGUUUUCGUGAUAUAACGUCUUAGAAGAGGGGACAGGGUUAAAAGACUCAACCUGCGCUUCUGAGGGACUUCCCAGUCACGUUCAAUUUUUCGUUUAAAAGCUGAUGUCGUUACACGAUUCUCGUUCAGUUAAAAUAGCUGUGACGGUGCUGGCGAUCAUGGGGUCGCUUGCUAUCGUUAUAGCCACUGUCUACGUUUCGAUUUCAAUGUUAUCGUUUAAACGUAACGUUUUCGCCCUGUCAACCACUUGGACAAAUUUGGAAAACGUCACUGAUCCAAGGAUCAUAAGCAGGGACGAAUGGAAAGCGAGACCACCGAAAGAACGAGUGCUGAUGAAUGUGACACCGACGCCUUACGUUGUGAUCCAUCACGGAGGCAUAGCUGAAUACUGCUUCGAUCAGAAGGCGUGUUCCGCAAUCGUAAAAUCGUAUCAGAAUUUGCAUAUCGACGAUCGAGGCUGGUUGGACAUCGGUUAUAACUUCGUUAUUGGCGAAGACGGGAACGCUUACGAAGGUCGGGGCUGGGAUUUCGUUGGAGCUCAUGCACCUCCUUAUAACAAUCAAAGCAUUGGAAUAUGCGUUAUCGGUGAUUUUAGUGAUUUUCUCCCCAACAACACGGCAUUAAAAACUCUAAAUGGUCUGAUCGAUUAUGGAGUGUUUCUUGGGAAAAUAAGCAAGGACUACCACGUUAUAGGCCAUAGACAAGCCAGAGAAACGCUGUGCCCUGGCGAAGAAUUCUUCAAAUUUGUGCAAACAAAUCCACGAUGGACAAAGCAUCCUGAACCGAUUAAUGUAGCACCAAUAACUGUUUGGAAAUGAAGACACCUUGAAUGCGAUUAAACGCAGCUAACGUCGUCUGCGGUGAUGGUGUCUUAGAACAUUUACAAAAAAAAAACAAUUUUAAUCAAUGUUUUACCAAUCACAAACGCUUUAGUCAAGUAAAAUGUAUGUCUACCUCGAAGGAUGGUCAAU